GCCACCCAGAGUUAGGCUUUUUUACCCCCAGAUCUCUUCCAAGAAACAAGAGUGCUAAUACCGGCAAGGCUCCAGGGUCCCAUGCAUAGGUGGGUAGGAACUCAUUUGCUGUUGAGAUGAGGCAGGUGUACCCUUUGUAGAAUGGCAAUCAACAAAAAUAAGAGAUUGAGAUGCUUUUGGAAGCAGAUCAAAAGGACUACCCUCUUCCUGAGAUCCAGGGAUCAUAGCUUCACGGCUUACUUUGAUGAUUAUACUGAAAAAUUCAUGAUGGGUGGCAACAGUACCAGCAAUGCUGAGACUGACUGCAAUGUCACUAAUGUGACAUUUCAGUACUCCCUCUAUGCAACCACCUACAUCCUCAUAUUCAUCCCUGGUCUUCUGGCCAACAGUGCAGCCUUGUGGGUUCUGUGCCGUUUCAUCAGCAAGAAAAAUAAAGCCAUCAUUUUCAUGAUCAACCUCUCUGUGGCUGACCUUGCUCACGUGCUGUCCUUACCCCUCCGGAUUUACUAUUACAUCAGCCACCAUUGGCCUUUCCAGAGGGCCCUUUGCCUGCUGUGCUUCUACCUGAAGUAUCUCAACAUGUAUGCCAGCAUUUGCUUCCUGACGUGCAUCAGCCUUCAGAGGUGCUUCUUUCUCCUCAAGCCCUUCAGGGCCAGAGAUUGGAAGCGUAGGUAUGAUGUAGGCAUCAGUGCUGCCAUCUGGGUCAUCGUGGGGACUGCCUGUUUGCCAUUUCCCAUCCUGAGAAGCACGGAUUUAGCCAACAACACUGAGUCCUGCUUUGCUGAUCUUGGUUACAAGCAAAUGAAUGCAGUGGCUUUGGUUGGGAUGAUUACAGUUGCUGAGCUGGCAGGAUUUGUGAUCCCAGUAGUCAUCAUCGCAUGGUGUACCUGGAAAACUACUAUAUCCUUGAGACAGCCACCAGUGGCUUUCCAAGGAAUCAGUGAGAGGCAGAAAGCACUGCGGAUGGUUUUCAUGUGUGCUGCAGUCUUCUUCAUCUGCUUCACUCCCUAUCAUAUUAACUUUAUUUUUUACACCAUGGUAAAGGAAACCAUCAUUAGCAGUUGUCCCAUUGUCCGAAGCACACUGUAUUUCCACCCUUUUUGUCUAUGCCUUGCAAGUCUCUGCUGCCUUUUGGAUCCAAUUCUCUAUUACUUCAUGGCUUCAGAGUUUCGUGACCAACUAUCCCGCCAUGGCAGUUCUGUGACCCGUUCCCGCCUCAUGAGCAGGGAGAGUGGUUCAUCAACGAUUGGCUAAAAAUAAAAUAACUCUUUAAUUGUGACUUUGUUUAAGUAUGUUCCCUGGCUUUUUCCAAAAGCCAGAAUGAUCAGCCAGACAAUUUCUUUAAUCGAACUUUGGAAACAACAGAAAUAUCUUCUUGUGUGAUAGUUGUGGUCACAGGAGUGUGAUGGUGGAGGCAGAGUGUGAAAAAUGUGGGAAAGGAAGGGAAGAUGGAAUUCACCUGUUUCUUCUUUGAAAUUCAAGGCACUUUCUUAUUUAAGAGACCUAGAUCAAGUUUUUAUGGAUGUUUUCAUCCAAGCUGAAAUGGGAUAUUUUAUCUUAAACAUUUCUCAGUAAAUAUGAUAUUGUUAAUAAGAUACAAUGAAUACAUGAAUCUUUUCUAGAAUGUAAAAUUAAAUCUCUUUCAUAUGAAGACAUUUAUUUGUGAAUGAGAGUAAAAAUCCCCAGUCUUUCUAAGAGAUAAAUGCACAGGCAAGGGGGAGUGAAGAUAGUGAAGCAAUGUGUGCAUAAAUAUCAAGACCACAAACUUAUUACUGAAUAAAGAGCAAGGGAAUUUGUUCAUUCACUGAAAAUGUAUAGGAUGUCUAUUUUAUUCUAGGUUGCCACUUUCUUAGGUUCUUUCACAUAUAGGAUCUCAUCUGGCCCUUCUAAUAAACUUGUGGAAAUUUC